GUUUCUAACAACAGUCCCCCCCAGAGAGCCGGGCAGAGGGUAUAAGGAGGCCAGCAGGCUGUGGAUCUCACAGAUCCGUCCCUGCCUUCCCUCCAGCAGCAGGCACAGGCAGCCCCAGGCAGCCGCCUCCCAGGAAGCAUGCGUGAAUGCAUCUCCGUCCACGUGGGGCAGGCUGGCGUGCAGAUUGGAAAUGCCUGCUGGGAGCUCUACUGUUUGGAACAUGGCAUUCAACCAGAUGGGCAGAUGCCCAGCGACAAGACCAUCGGGGGAGGGGACGACUCCUUCAACACCUUCUUUAGUGAAACUGGGGCUGGAAAACAUGUGCCCCAGGCAGUGUUCGUGGAUCUGGAACCCACUGUGAUUGAUGAGGUUCGGACCGGCACAUACCGCCAGCUCUUCCACCCGGAGCAGCUCAUCACAGGCAAGGAGGACGCUGCCAACAACUAUGCCCGAGGCCACUACACCAUCGGAAAGGAGCUCAUUGACCUGGUGCUGGACCGGAUUCGGAAGCUGGCUGAUCAGUGCACGGGACUCCAAGGAUUCCUCAUCUUCCACAGCUUUGGAGGGGGCACAGGCUCUGGCUUCACCUCACUCCUGAUGGAGCGGCUCUCCGUGGACUAUGGCAAGAAGUCCAAGCUGGAGUUCUCCAUCUACCCAGCCCCCCAGAUUUCCACAGCUGUGGUCGAGCCCUAUAACUCCAUCCUGACCACCCAUACCACCCUGGAGCACUCAGACUGUGCCUUCAUGGUGGACAACGAGGCCAUCUAUGACAUCUGCCGCCGAAACCUGGACAUUGAGCGCCCAACUUAUACCAACCUCAACCGCCUCAUCGGCCAAAUUGUCUCCUCCAUCACAGCCUCCCUGCGCUUUGACGGGGCCCUCAACGUGGACCUGACAGAGUUCCAGACCAACCUGGUGCCCUACCCCCGCAUCCACUUCCCCCUGGCUACCUACGCACCCGUCAUCUCUGCAGAGAAGGCCUACCAUGAACAGCUUUCAGUGGCGGAGAUCACCAACGCCUGCUUUGAGCCUGCCAACCAGAUGGUGAAGUGUGACCCCCGUCAUGGCAAGUACAUGGCCUGCUGCCUGCUGUACCGUGGAGACGUGGUACCCAAGGAUGUCAAUGCCGCCAUCGCCACCAUCAAAACCAAGCGCACCAUCCAAUUCGUGGACUGGUGCCCCACGGGCUUCAAGGUUGGUAUCAACUACCAGCCACCCACUGUGGUGCCUGGGGGUGACCUGGCCAAGGUGCAGCGUGCCGUGUGCAUGCUGAGCAACACGACCGCCAUAGCUGAGGCCUGGGCCCGCCUGGACCACAAGUUCGACCUGAUGUAUGCCAAGAGGGCGUUUGUGCACUGGUAUGUGGGUGAAGGCAUGGAAGAGGGUGAGUUCUCUGAGGCCCGGGAAGAUAUGGCUGCUCUGGAGAAGGAUUACGAGGAAGUGGGCAUGGAUAGUGUGGAGGGGGAGGGAGAGGAGGAGGAAGGGGAUGAAUACUAGAUGAGUCCUGGGUGUUCAUCCUAAAUAAAGUGCAGGGCUUACUGUC